CAUCAUCAUGACCCUCAACAGCGUUCACCAUUUUGGGUGUGCCGGUCGAAAUUGAAUGCCUUCGUCACUGGCAUAACUCAUGAAUUUCCGCUUAAGUCCUACACGGAUGAUAUUUGCUUCCCCACAUACGAAUUGCGUGUAAGAACGCCAAGAUCUGUGGUACGAACUCUUCACAAAUACAACCAUGGUUAUCCUAACAAAGGGAGACUAUGUGUGGUUGAAUGAUCCAAGAAGUGGGUCUGAUCAUGUUCCCAUUGGUGCUAAAGUGAAAAUUGCUGACUCUGGGCAGUUGCAACUACAAGAUGAUGAAGGAAAGGAUCAUUGGUUGUCCAGCGGCAAUGCUCGUAACUUAAAGACUAUGCAUUUAACGUCCAUAGAGGGCGUAGAAGACAUGAUUCGACUGGGAGAUCUUCAUGAAGCUGGUAUUCUGAGGAAUCUACUUGUCAGAUAUAACGAAAAUUUUAUAUAUACAUACACCGGUGCCAUCUUAGUUGCCGUCAAUCCAUAUCAAAUACUUCCCAUCUAUACAAGAGAACAAAUCACUCAGUAUCGAGAUAAAAAGAUUGGAGAACUACCUCCGCAUAUAUUUGCAAUUGCUGACAAUUCUUACAAUCGUAUGUUGAGGGAGAAACAAGAUCAGUGUGUUAUAAUCAGUGGUGAAAGUGGGGCUGGGAAAACAGAGAGCACAAAACUAAUUUUACAGUUCCUAGCAGCAGUCAGCGGCCAGCAUUCUUGGAUUGAACAGCAAAUAUUGGAAGCUAAUCCAAUCAUGGAGGCAUUUGGUAAUGCAAAAACACUUCGUAAUGAUAACUCAAGUCGUUUUGGUAAAUACAUUGAUAUCCACUUUAGUGACAGAGGCAUUAUUGAAGGAGCUAAGAUUGAGCAAUAUCUCUUGGAAAAAUCCCGCAUAGUGGGUCCGGCAAAGGAUGAAAGAAAUUACCAUAUAUUCUACUGUAUGUUGAUCGGUCUGACAGCGGCUGAAAUGAAAGAGUUGAACCUAAAGGAUGCCUCAUAUUAUAAUUACCUCACUUGUGGAAAUUGUUUGACGUGUGAAGGACGAGACGACAAGAAGGAGUUUGCAGAUAUCAGAUCAGCUAUGAAAGUCUUGACAUUCUCGGAGCAGGAACAAUGGAAUAUUUUCAAGUUGCUGUCCAGCGUUUUACAUCUCGGCAACAUAGACUACGAGGCAUAUGAAGCCAAAAAUUUGGACUCCACCCAUAUUACAAAUGUCAACACUGUCCACAGCAUAGCAAAGCUUCUUGAGGUGAAUUCAAAAGCAUUAUCAGAUGCCCUGACAUCACGGUCCACAUUCGCCCAGGGAGAGACCAUCGUGUCGCCAAUGAAUGUACAGCAGUCAACAGAUGUGCGAGACGCUUUUGUUAAAGGAAUUUACGGCCGUAUGUUUGUUUGGAUUGUUAAGAAGAUAAACGAUGCGAUUUUCAAGCCGUGUGAUAACAAACAUAACCGACUUAACAUAGGUGUACUGGAUAUAUUCGGUUUUGAAAACUUUGGCCAGAAUAGCUUUGAGCAGUUGUGCAUAAACUAUGCCAACGAAAACCUCCAGCAGUUUUUUGUCAGACAUAUUUUUAAAUUAGAACAGCAAGAGUACGACCGUGAAGGCAUCAAAUGGCAGCAUAUCAAAUUUGUUGAUAAUCAAGAAACUUUAGACUUAUUGGCAUCAAAACCAAUGAAUAUUAUAGCAUUAAUUGAUGAAGAAAGUAAAUUCCCAAAGGGUACUGACAAAACAAUGUUGAGUAAACUGAUAAAUCAACAUGGCAGACAUCCACAUUUUAUCAAAGCAAAAUCUGCUGUAAGUAGCACCUUUGGGAUCAAUCAUUUUGCUGGACCAGUGUCAUAUGAAUCAAGAGGCUUCUUGGAGAAGAAUAGGGAUACAUUCAACACAGACUUGCUACAUUUGGUAGCUACGAGUAAAAGUCAAUUUCUACUUAAACUGUUUGAAUAUGAAAUCACUAUGAGUGCCGACACAAGGAAGAAGUCCCCCACGCUGGGAGCACAGUUUAAAAAGUCUCUGGAUAAACUCAUGACUACUCUCAGUACAUGUCAGCCAUUUUUUGUCCGGUGUAUUAAACCAAAUGAGUUCAAGAGGCCAAACAUGUUUGAACGAGAGUUGGUAGCUCGUCAGUUACGCUACUCUGGUAUGAUGGAGACGAUCAAGAUUCGACGCGCUGGUUACCCAAUCAGACAUGCCUUCCGAGACUUUGUUGAUCGCUACAGGAUGUUAGUUCCUGGAAUAAUGCCAUCACAGAAAGAGGACUGUAAACAGGCUUCUGCCAAAAUAUGUAAAGCUGUACUAACUACACAGGAUUGGCAGAUCGGUUUUCACAAAGUAUUUCUCAAGGAUGCACAUGAUUUGAUUUUGGAAACUGUGAGGGAUAAAGCGUUGUCUGCCAAGAUCAUCAUCAUUCAGAAAGUUGUCAGGGGAUGGCAUUAUAGAAGGAAAUUCUUGAAAAUGAAGAGAGACUCGGUCACAAUACAGAAAUUCUGGCGUGGAUAUGCCCAGAAAAAGAGAUACCUUGCGAUGAGACGUGGAUACUUGAGAUUUCAGGCUUUGGUUAGAGCAAGGAAAUUAUCCUAUCAGUAUCAGUUUGUGAGAACAAGAGUUAUAAAUCUGCAGAGAUGUUGCCGUGGUUUCCUAUCACGCCGAGAUGUAGCACGUAAGAAGUGGGCAAUUGUAAGCAUCCAGGCUGGUUUUCGUAUGGUUUUAGCUCGUAAGAAGUACAGGAAACUUCGCAUUGAGCAUCGCAGACGUAUGGAGGCUGAGAGAAUCCGUAAAGAAGAGGAGGCUCGACUGAAGAAGGCACUUGGGGUCAAAAAAGCAAAAGUAGAAGCAGAAAGAAUUAUGCAGCAAAAAAUUCUGGAAAUGAAACGGGAAGAGGCUGAUGUAGAGGCACGAGAGAAACAGGAAAGACAAGCUAAAGUGGCCGCCAUUGCUGCGAUUGAAGAAAGGCGCGAUAAAGUGGUUGACGACUCACAAGUUGUAGAGGAAGUCUUUGGAUUCCUACCAGAUCAAGGACUUCAAGAUGGGCCGGGACCUAGAGGUUUUGAAGAUUUUGAGGUUUCUCGUGCCGAGGCUAUCAGGAGGGGACUUGAUGAUCCAACCAUGAGACUGCCUGUACCGGCCGCCGAAGAAGACAUCUCUGAUUAUAAAUUUGCAAAGUUUGCUGCCACAUACUUUCAAGGAAAUGCAACUGCAUCCUAUAUCAGGCGCCCGCUGAAGCAGCCUUUGUUGGAUUGGAAGACUGAACAGGAUAAAAUGGCCUCCCUUGCUGUUUGGAUUAUGAUUUUAAGAUUCAUGGGAGAUCUCCCUGAACCUAAGUACCUCACAAACAUGGGUGAGAGGAUGAAUGCAAAAGGAAAGAAUAGCGUCAGAAAGAAGCUGAUAUCUUUGACUCUGAAGAAGAAAUCCAAACUAACGGAGGAAGUUUAUCAAAAGUUACAAGAUGGGGAACCAAACGAGUACGGUGGUAACUCCAUGUUAAUGGACAGGCCGACAUCAAAUUUAGAAAAAUUGCAUUUUAUCAUUGGGCAUGGAAUCCUUCGACAAGAAUUAAGGGAUGAGAUUUACUGCCAGAUAUGCAAACAGUUGACCCAGAAUCCUUCAAAGAGCAGUCAUGCGAGAGGCUGGAUAUUAUUGUCACUGUGUGUUGGGUGCUUUGCACCAUCUGAUAUGUUUGUGAAAUACCUGAGGUGUUUCAUCAGUGAGGGACCACCUGGUUACGCUCCUUAUUGUGAGGAGAGAUUACGGAGAACGUUUGCGAAUGGUACUCGUAACCAGCCGCCAAGCUGGUUGGAAUUACAGGCAACCAAGUCCAAGAAACCUUUAAUGCUUCCCAUAACAUUCAUGGAUGGAACCACAAAGACGCUGUUGGCGGAUUCAGCUACGACAGCACGUGAACUUUGCAGUCAGCUUGCUGAUAAGAUUGGACUCAAAGAUCAGUUUGGAUUCUCCCUUUAUGUUGCUCUCUUUGAUAAGGUAUCAUCUCUUGGUAGCGGUAGUGACCAUGUGAUGGACGCCAUCUCACAGUGCGAACAGUACGCUAAAGAACAAGGGGCUCAAGAACGCAAUGCUCCCUGGCGUUUGUUCUUCCGUAAAGAAAUCUUUGCACCCUGGCAUGAUCGCGAGGACCCUGUCGGUACUAAUCUAAUUUACCAGCAAGUUGUGAGAGGAAUAAAGUUUGGAGAGUACAGAUGUGAAAAAGAUACUGAUUUGGCAGCUAUCGCUGCACAGCAGUACUAUGUUGAGUACGGAAGUGAUAUGGUUUACGAUCGAGUCAUUGGAUUAUUGCCGUCGUACAUACCUGACAGCUCUAUGACUGGUUCAAAAACUAUAGAACGUUGGGCUCAAAUGGUGGUCGCUGAACAUAACAGGAGUUACUAUGUAAAAGAACGUGUUGACAAACUGAAAGUGAAGGAAGAUGUCGUCAACUAUGCACGUUUUAAAUGGCCACUGCUCUUCUCAAGAUUCUACGAAGCAUAUAAAUUCUCAGGACCCAGUCUACCUAAAAACGAUGUCAUUAUCGCAGUCAAUUGGACCGGUGUUUAUGUCGUGGAUGACCAAGAGCAAGUUUUGUUAGAACUCUCGUUUCCGGAAAUCACCCAAGUGUCCAGCAGCAGGACCGGAAAGUUACAUGGACAGAGCUUUACUUUACUUACUGUUAAAGGCGAUGAGUACACUUUUACUUCUUCCAACGCAGAGGAUAUUAGAGAUUUAGUCGUUGGCUUUCUUGAAGGGCUGAAAAGAAAAUCGCGGUUUGUUGUGGCUUUGCAGGAUAACCCGAGUCAAGGUGACGGGUCAUCGUUUUUGAGUUUCAAAAAGGGUGAUUUGAUUGUAUUGGAACAAGAGAAUGGGGAUGCGGUUAUGAAUAGUGGAUGGUGUUACGGUGAGAACGAGAGGACUAAACAGAAGGGAGACUUCCCCGCAGAGUGUGUGUAUGUGUUGCCGUCGAUUACGAAGCCACCUCCAGAAAUUGUGGCAUUGUUCACCCUUCAACCCAAUGAAAUGACAGAUCGAAUGAUGAGUGCGACAGAGGUCGCAAUGCAGCAAGACACUCAGCCGCUCGAAAAACCGCACACUCUGGAACAAUAUUCAAUUGACCAUUUCAGAACCCCUCCUAAAAAGACAUUGACAGCGACGUUGUCCAAGAAAAGAGGAAAGGAUACACUCUGGAGCUACACGAAAGAACCAAUCAGGCAGCCGUUAUUGAAAAAAUUAACGAGCAAUGAUGAAUUGUCGCAAGAGGCCAUCUUGGCGUUCUUAGCUAUCAUGAAGUAUAUGGGUGAUUAUCCAUCAAAAAGAAGUCGUCAUGGUAACGAUUUGUCGGAUCAGAUUUUUGAGGCCGCACUCAAGCAUGAGCCAUUGCGUGAUGAGAUAUACUGUCAAAUCGUCAAACAGCUUACCGGAAACAGGAUAAGGUUAAGUGAAGAGAAAGGCUGGGAUUUAAUGUGGUUGGUGACUGGUAUUUUUGCAUGCAGUCAGUCAUUGCUUCCAGAAAUCACUAAAUUUCUCCGAUCAAAGCGGCAUCAUCUGGCUCCAGACUGUUUCCAUAGAUUACAGAAAACAAUCAGGAAUGGACAAAGAAAGUAUCCCCCGCAUCUAGUGGAAGUGGAAGCUAUCCAGCAUAAAACAACGCAGAUAUUCCACAAAGUCUAUUUCCCAGAUGACACAGACGAGGCUUUUGAAGUGGAUUCAGGUACUAGAGCUAAAGACUUCUGUAUGAACAUUGCACAGAGAUUACGACUCAAAUCAUCAGAAGGUUUCAGUCUGUUUGUGAAGAUAGCUGACAAAGUUAUAAGUGUACCUGAGGGUGACUUCUUCUUUGAUUUUGUGAGGCAUUUGACUGACUGGAUCAGGAAAGCAAGGCCAAGUAGAGAAGGUACGAUACCCGUGUUAACAUACCAAGUAUUCUUUAUGAAGAAACUCUGGAGCAAUACUGUCCCCGGCAAGGAUCCUAACGCUGAUUGUAUAUUCCACUACCAUCAGGAGCUUCCAAAGUUAUUGAGAGGUUACCAUAAAUGCAGCAAAGAAGAAGCGUGUCAGAUAGCUGCGUUACAGUAUCGUGUCAGAUUCGGCGAUGAUAAAUCAGAAUUUCAAAACAUACCGAAAAUGUUACGUGAACUGCUUCCCGCAGAUCUCGUCAAAGCGCAGUCACCAGAUGAUUGGAAGCGGAACAUCAUAGCAGCGUACAACAAACAUUCCGGCAAAACGCGAGACGAAGCGAAGAUAGCCUUCCUGAAAAUCCUCUACAGAUGGCCAACCUUUGGAUCAGCUUUCUUUGAAGUCCGACAAACUACGGAACCAAACUUCCCGGAAAUCUUACUGAUUGCCAUUAAUAAACUCGGUGUCAACUUGAUUGAUCCAAGAUCAAAGGACACACUGGCAACUUAUCCUUUCACUAAGAUAUCAAACUGGAGCAGUGGAAACACUUAUUUCCAUAUGACAAUAGGAAAUCUGGUCCGUGGUAGCAAACUUCUCUGUGAAACCUCACUGGGUUACAAAAUGGAUGACUUAUUAACAUCGUACAUCAGUCUGAUGCUGACUACAAUGAAUAAACAGCGGACAUUGCGUCAGAAAUAAGCACUUUCUUUUUUAAGGAAUGGAAUGAUAUUUUUUUUUACGUAAAAAGUACAACAUACCAAAAAUGGCAUUUGUCUGAGAGGUUGUACUGGUGAUAAAUGAUAACAACAACCAGUAUUGUAUUUGUAAAUUCUCAGUUUUGUUUCUCACAUAGAGCUAAAUAUUUAUCUAUUAUUGUGUAUACAAUUUUUAAUCUAUUUUGGCUUUCUGAAUCCAGUUUUGUCGUGUCACUUGCUGGAUACACCCUUACAAGUCUGGUAAUGAGAAGUUGUCUGGCACCUUGUCUGGACCAAAUUAUUGGCCUCUUCAUUCUAUGAUAGAUCUAUAUUCUGCCUAUCAGUCAUUCAUUAAUCACUAAUUAGAGUUCAUAUCAAUCAUAAACAAGAGGAUUUAUUAGUAAGAUUAGGUCUGUUUCAUGUGUGCUCAUUGGGGGCAACUGUUUUGGCUGAAAUGAUAAAAUUGGAACAAGGACUUGACAAGAAAAUGUACGAAAAAUGAUAAUGAAUGUUAAAUCAUGUUUGUCCUUUUUCUUCAGAGUAACAGUAAGAUAAAAAAAAUAAUAAGUUCAAUGGGGCCCGCCAGGUCAGAAGUCAUGCCAGUCAUUUUUCACAUGACACAGAUUUAUGCUUUUUAAAAAUAAUUACUUCAUUUUCUUGUGAUCAGUAUUUGUAUAUUUGGUAUGAUAAAAUAUAAAUUGACUUUUAUAAACAUUGAAAAAAAAUAUUUAGUUAAGCAGGUAUUAAUUUAUUCAAAGCUUUGUAUAUCUAUUUUGCAAAUAUAUUCAAGAUUAUGUUAAUAUAUUUAGCGGGUUGAGGGUGCCUGUCAUUGGUGUGGUGUGUAUUCAUCUAGCAAUAAUUUUAGCCCACUUAAGUAUGAGUAGAUUUUACCUUGUUCCAGUAAUAUUUUUAUCGGCAUUCAUAUUACAUUGCAAAUGGGGGUUUUAUUGUUUGUGUUUAAUUCCGCAACAUUCCGUACAAAGCAUUGAACUUGAACCUCAAGCUUCGCUGCACCAUUGCUGAUAGCUUGUGUGGUGUAGUGAUCUCAACUCAUAGAUUGUAUUUAUGUGUGUUUUGCAUAUUCUUUAUUCAAUGUUUUACCCUCCUCCCCAUCUUCACUGUAUCUUCUUCCUUCCCGACACUGUCUUCAUAAUGCCAGUACCAAACUAUUGUAUACUAUGGUGUCACUGCCACUGAUCAUGCACGUCUCCAUGGUUACAGUGUCUUACACAAUUACAUGUAUCAUUAGAAUAUUAAUUAUUUUUGUAUCUAAACUUUAAAAAAAAGAAAAUUAAAAACUGUACAUUUCAUAACAUGUUAUAUAAUCAUGAAUUGUGUGACAAGUGGUGUUAGCAAAUCAUAAACCGCCAAUUCAUUAGAAUUUGUCUCCCUAAGUAAGUAAAUAAAUGUGACCAAUCAUUUGUAAGCUGAUGGGAAGGUAUAAUUUUUGUUUCCAUAUUCUCAUUUUUUUGGCAGUUGAUUAUUGUAUCACUUGAAAAUUACAAAAUUCAAUAACAUUCCUUGCCUCAGUGCUGUGUUCCUGGUGUAAUUAGGAAAUGAAUAUUUAAAUAAUGUAACAUUUCAACGUUGCAGUCUCCAGGGAAUCUAUGACUGUGAUUACCUGUUGGUAUGUCCUUCUGUUUAUUUCUCUUGUCAGGAAAAUAUUGGGGUGAAAAUAACUGUAUUUACAAUUUAGCUUUCCAUUUGAUAACAUUUUGGUUUCAUGUUUUCUUUUUUGCUAGACAAAACUUAUAUUUGCGAAAUAAUAAACCAUUUUACCACA